UCAGACUCCGUCUCUCUCUCUCUCGCUCGCCUGCUUUGUUAUUUUGGGGAGGAGGGUGGGAAGCAGAAGAGAUAAUCCCCCAAUCCAGCCCUCACAUUAAAGCGCCCCUCUGCGUGGAUUUAGGGAGAGGAGAAUGCCUGAACGUUGUGUUUUUACAGGGAAAGCCACCGCUUUUGGGUAAAAGCAAAAAAAAUGCAUCGCUCUGAAAACGCUAUGAAAGCUGCAAUUAUUUCUUCCUGAGAUCUAUGGAUCGGUUCUUUGUGUAGACCAUGCACAGACACUUUAGGAGCUGGAUUUUCUAUGUUUUUCUCUGUUUUGGGAUCAUCUACAUGAAAUUAGGAGCUUUGUCAUCCGUGGUGGCGUUGGGAGCAAAUAUAAUCUGCAACAAAAUUCCAGGCCUGGCACCACGGCAAAGAGCCAUUUGCGAGAGCCGCCCUGACGCCAUUAUAGUUAUUGGCGAAGGGGCACAGAUGGGAAUCAAUGAGUGCCAGUACCAGUUUCGCUACGGGAGGUGGAACUGCUCUGCUCUAGGAGAGAGGACGGUCUUUGGCCAAGAGCUUCGAGUAGGUAGCAAGGAAGCGGCGUUUACGUACGCCAUUACCGCAGCCGGCGUAGCUCACGCCAUAACGUCGGCCUGCAGCCAGGGCAACCUGAGCAACUGCGGGUGCGACCGCGAAAAACAGGGCAACUACAACCAAGACGAGGGCUGGAAAUGGGGCGGCUGCUCGGCCGACAUCAAAUACGGGAUAGAGUUCUCCAAGAAGUUCGUGGACGCCAGAGAAAUCAAGAAGAAUGCGCGGAGGCUGAUGAACUUGCACAACAACGAGGCCGGAAGAAAGGUCCUUGAAGAGCGGAUGAAGUUGGAGUGUAAGUGCCACGGAGUCUCGGGUUCCUGUACCACGAAGACCUGCUGGAACACGUUACCCAAAUUCCGGGACAUCGGCUACAUUCUAAAGGAGAAGUACAAUAACGCCGUCUACGUGGAGGUGGUCAGAGCCAACCGGCUGCGGCAGCCGACCUUCCUCACGGUCAAGAAGGUCAAGAGCUACCUAAAGCCCAUGGAGACGGACUUGGUGUACAUCGAGCGCUCCCCCAACUACUGCGAGGAAGACAGCGCCACGGGGAGCGUGGGGACCCAGGGGCGGCUUUGCAACCGGACCUCCCCGCACGCGGACGGCUGUGACCUCAUGUGCUGCGGCCGCGGUUACAACACUCACCAGUACACCAAGGUGUGGCAGUGCAACUGCAAAUUCCACUGGUGCUGCUUCGUCAAAUGCAACACAUGUAGCGAAAGAACAGAAGUAUUUACCUGCAAGUGAAACGCGCCGGCGCCGACUAACAAGAACACUUACCUGGGACCACUAUGGCGUCAUUUUGCACACGUUUAAUGGUUUUCUUUCAAGGAGGAAAUGAAUGCUACCUUUCCCCCCCACUCCCCCGAGCUUCGGACAAGGGGGGCCGCUCGCUCAAGGACCUCGUCGCGUCGAUAUCUCCGAGCUCUUCUUCCGCAAAGGGAGAAAAAAAAAAAGCUGUCUCCCUUUCAUUUCUCAUAAAGCUAUGUGGACUUUGUAGAUAUAUUAAAUUAUACCUAUUAUUACCGAACGUGUUAGAACGGAGAAAAUAAUAAUAAUUAAAAAAAAAA